CCCGCGCGCUACACCGUCCGUCUCCAGGGCAACUCGGCGCCUCCUAGCAACUGAGCGCAGCCCUGCCAUGGCGGCCGCGGGGCCUAGCGUCUUCUUGGUCAUGGUCAAUGGGCAGGUGGAGAGCGCCCAGUUUCCCGAGUACGACGACCUCUACUGCAAGUACUGUUUCGUGUACGGCCAGGACUGGGCGCCCACAGCGGGCCUGGAGGAGGGCAUCUCCCAGAUCACGUCCAAGAGCCGGGACGCCAGGCGCGCGCUGGUGUGGAACUUCCCCAUCGACGUCACCUUCAAGAGCACCAACCCCCACGGCUGGCCCCAGAUCGUGCUCAGCGUGUACGGGCCGGACGUGUUCGGGAAUGACGUGGUCCGAGGCUACGGGGCAGCGCACGUGCCCUUCUCCCCCGGCCGGCACAAGAGGACCGUGCCCAUGUUCGUCCCGGAGUCAGCGUCUCGGCUGCAGAGGUUCACCAGCUGGUUCAUGGGACGGCGGCCUGAGUACACAGACCCCAGGGUGGUGGCUCAAGGGGAAGGCCGGGAAGUGACCCGCGUCCGCUCCCAGGGCUUUGUCACGCUCCUCUUCAACGUGGUGACCAAGGACAUGAGGAAGCUGGGCUAUGACACCGGGCCUCCGGACACACGCGGCGUCUUGGGGCCCAGCCCGCCCCAGGGCCUCCCCCGGUGACGCCCCUGGAGGGCGCGGCCACCUACCUGUCUGCCUGAGCAGGGGCGGAGUGGGGCGGGGUGUAAUAAAGCGUCGCCUGCUCACGAGUGCCCUCGGCGGUGCCCGGGAGCCUCCUCUGCGCCUCUGCAGGCUCAGCCCUGA